CUGUCAGUUGGCAGCUUUGAGAUCAUCUGCUCCGCGCCAUCAACCGCGUUUUGAUACAACACCCACGAGUCGGCUUCUCGACACUUUGCGGGCUUACUUUCUGUUUAUAUUUUUUCGUUUGUUUGGUAUUAGUGUACAGUUAGAGUUUGGUGCCUCACUUCUAUUACAACUGGACAACUUCGGCGCAGGCGCACCAACAUUUCUGGCCCGCCGUAACGAUGCUCUCCAGGUUAGCAAUCCGCACUCUGCGGGCGCCGGCCCUUCAGGGGCUGGGAAGGACGACAGCACCCAGGCAGACAACAUCUCUGCUUGCAUCGCGAACAUGGACACGAGGGAUGGCAAAGAACAACAAGCCCUCCCCAACACCGAGCCAACAAACCAGCAAGUCCAACGCGCCAUCCGAAGAGCAAGCGGCAAGUCUACCACCUAAGCAGUCAGAAAAUGCCACCAAGCCGGAGGCAUCUGAUGCCCAACCUGAACAAGUACCUUUCAAUCUCCCUGACCUCACAAAGGGUCUACCGUCCACAUUCGAGUACGAGGCGUCAGGCGCAGAUAAGGCAUCUAAGAUGGCUUUGGAAGGGGUGACGUCGGCAGGAGGACGUGGCAAGGGAGAACUUCCCGCAUCAGCUUAUGUCUCAUCUUCAGACCGGAGGCGACAAAAGGUUGCCCAAUGGGUGUUUUAUGGGUUUGUAGCUGGUGGUAUUUUCGGUGUUGUAUUCUUGGGAAGGAACUGGGAGGACGAAGAGGAGCGUGCCAAACAUGCCGACGUACCAGAUGGUUGGACGCCUGGGCUCUGGUGGAAGCGUGCCAUGGCUCGCAUGGGUGACACGGUCAGCUACUACCAAGAACCAGCUUUCGAGAAGCUCCUGCCCGAUCCCGAUCCGGUGAACUCUCCCCCAUACACUCUGUGUAUUAGCUUGGAAGAUCUGCUUGUCCACAGCGAGUGGACAAGAGAUCAUGGAUGGCGUGUAGCCAAGCGUCCCGGCGUCGACUACUUCAUUCGCUACCUCAGCCAGUACUAUGAGUUGGUGUUGUUUACAUCCGUCCCGUACGGAAUUGCCGAGCCUCUAUGGCGUAAGAUGGAUCCUUUCAGGUUUGUCCAAUGGCCGCUUUUCCGAGAGGCAACCAAGUAUGUGGAUGGAAAGAUCGUCAAGGACCUAUCUUACCUCAACCGCGACCUUUCCAAGGUUAUCAUUAUUGACACAAACCCUGAGCAUGUGAGCGCUCAACCUGAGAACGCUAUAAUUCUGCCAAAGUGGACAGGUGACGCACAAGACAAAGAUCUUGUGGCGCUCAUCCCGUUCCUCGAGUACAUUCACACCAUGCAAUACCCCGACGUGCGCAAGGUUCUUAAGUCUUUUGAGGGCAAGAACAUUGCCGAGGAGUUUGUCCGCCGCGAGGCCAUCGCACGAAAGAAGUUCCAGGAGCAGCUCGAGCAAAACCGCAAAAAGCACCCUAACAAGCCCGGCUCCGGCGUUUUUGGUGCCCUUGGUAGUGCCUUCGGCCUCAAGCCCAGUAAGAUGAGCAUGAUGGUACCCGUCGAGGGCGAGGAGAGCGUGGCGGACGCGUUGGCCCAGGGCAAGAUGCUUCAGGACAUCGCUCGUGAGCGGGGUCAGAGGCAAUAUGAGCGCAUCGACAAGAUGGUGCGUGAGAAUGGCGAAAAGUGGCUCAAGGAAGAGGCCGAGAUGAUGGAGAAGAUGCAGGCCGAGGCCAUGGCCAACAUGAAGACGGGCUUCAUGGGCUGGUUCGGCUCAUCUGAGAAGAAGGAGGAAGCGAAGGACGAGCCCAAGAAGGCUUGAUUUAACACGCGCUCGCUUUCGAUCAAACGUGGCGAUGGCUAGGCGCCACGUUGCCCUAUUUGUCCACGGCAUACCUAUACUCUCUUCUCUCGAUUGUGUUGGUCAUUUACGUAACACUUUUGGUGCUGCGGAACCCAUACUGGCUGGGUUGUCCGGGUGUCUCGGAGGUUUCGUCCUUUUUGUUUCCGGCGCGGGGUGCACUUAUAGAGUGACGUUCUCAUCUGGGACGUCAGGUGUGGGAUGGUCUGUACGCCUUAACUGUACUAUAUUGUCUAUAUUACCCGCCUAUGGGAAGAAAAUAAUACCAA